AUGAACGAACCCAAUUCGUCGCACCGCUGUCCACCUUGCAAAGAGCAGAAAAAACCACGGAAACCCAAGGCACUGCCGUGUGUGUGGCCACCUCUAAGAGACGUUCUUCGCGGUAUCAGCAACUACGGCGACUCGAACAUCGUGGUAACCCGACGCGACUACUUCGCGCAGCCUCGUAAGCGCGUGGAAUGGCAAGAACGCGAGGUGAACACCGCCAAGUUGGUUAAAUCUGGUGUCUGCGGCACCGCGGAGCGCGAGGUCAAGAGCAUCAGACCGGCACUGUUGACCUUCCGGAAGGAGCGAAUGCGACAGCAGAUGCUGGCGGACGAGGCGCUGCUAAAUGAGUUGCUUUCCAAGAAAAUGGGAUGCAGACUCGCCUCCUCGCAUGUCCUACCUCGGCCGAAAGGUAUUUAG